AUGUCGCAACUCAAAAUCACCCAUCCAGACCCGAAGGUUCAGGAACACAUCACCAAGCGCCAACAAAGCUUCACCGACGCCUUCAACAAUGCCUCCGUUCCAGCACUCAUGGCAAUGUUCGCCGAUGACGUUGAAUUCAACGACUAUGCUACGGGCGUGCUCAACCUAAACCGCACCUCCCUUGAACAAUACUACGCCGAGAUGGUGGCCACCUUCCGAAACAUCAACAUCCGCACCAAGUCUAUCAGCGGAAGCGAGCACUUCACUGCCUGGGAAUGGGAUCUCACAAUGUACCAGUUGCCUUCUGAGGCGGCUGCGGAUUCGGACUCUAAGGCUGAGAAUACUAUUGGGAAGGAGAUUAAUAUGGUCGGUGUUAGUUUGAUGUGGUGGAAUGCGGAGGGAAAGAUUAUAAAGAAUCAUGAUUAUGGGAAGGAGGUGCCGAAUGCGGAGUAAGGUCGGCUUUGUAUUGCACGCCGAAUGAGCCAAUAAAGCGUUGCAGGGCAAGCCGGGAAAAGGAGAGUCGCAAAGAAGAUGGGAUAACUUUUGAAGAAGCC